AAAAAACAUUUUCUUGAGAAAGAAGCCACAAUCUCUAUCACACAUACUAUGGAUCUUGUUGAGAGUUUUGGCCAUGGCGAUCCUGAUACUCCGCGUUUCAGUGACGACUUUGGUUCUGGCUCUGCUUGCUCGACUCCUUUCGUUAGUGCUCCGUCUAGUCCCGGUCGUGGUCCUCCACCGGGUUAUUUCUUCAGUGCACCGUCGAGUCCGAUGCAUUUCUUCCUUUGCUCUGCUUCUUCUUCAUCGGAGAAUCCUAAAAAGCUCGACUCUUCGUCAUGCGGCGACUUUGAGUUUGAUUUCUCGUCGAGGUUGUCUUCAAGCAGUGGUCCUUUAGGCGGUGUUUCAAUGACCUCAGCUGAAGAGCUUUUCUCUAAUGGCCAGAUCAAGCCGAUGAAGCUCUCUUCGCAUCUUCAGAGACCUCAGAUCUUAUCUCCGCUUCUAGAUCUGGAGAACGAGGAAGAAGACGACGAAGACGAUGAGACCAAACCAAACGGUGAGAUGGUUAAACGUGGGAGAGAUCUGAAACUAAGAAGCAGAUCUGUUCAUCGGAAAGCCAGAUCUCUCUCUCCUCUCCGAAACGCAGCGUAUCAAUGGAACCAAGAAGAAGAGGAAGAGGAAGAAGUCGCCGGAGAGAGACAAGUGAAGGAGUGUAUAAGGAAGCUUCAAGAAGACGAAAACGUGCCUUCAGCUGAAACGACACCGUCUUGUUCUGCUUCUUCUUCACGAUCAUCUUCUUACGGUAGAAACUCUAAGAAAUGGAUCUUUCUUAAAGAUCUGCUUCAUCGAAGCAAAAGCGAAGGAAGAGGCAACGGUAAAGAGAAGUUCUGGUCCAACAUUUCAUUCUCUCCUUCUAAUUUCAAAGACAAGAAACUCAAAUCAUCUCAACCUGAAGAGAAACCGAUUCAAGAAACAGUUGAGGCUGCCGUGGAAUCCAAGAAGCAGAAGCAGAAACAACCGCCGGCGAAGAAAGCUCCGAUCACCGGAAAACCAACAAACGGGAUAGCGAAACGGAGAGGGUUGCAGCCGUCUGCUCACGAGCUACAUUACACAACGAACAGAGCUCAAGCAGAGGAGAUGAAGAAGAGGACAUAUUUGCCUUACAGGCAUGGACUCUUUGGCUGUUUAGGGUUUAGUUCCAAAGGUUACAGUGCCUUGAACGGUUUAGCCCGUAGCUUAAACCCAGUUUCGUCCGGUUAAGUUAUAGAUUAAGCAAAUGUUUUAUGUAUAGAUAAUGAAUCCUUAAGUUAUAUAUAGACUAUAGUAUAUGUCAUUGUAUUUUUCAGUUGUUAGAUUUGAUUACUAUGAUUCUCUUCUAGUUCUUGGGAAUGUAUUCAGAAUCUAAAAAAAUUACAGUAAUGUUGUAGUAACAGUUUUGUGAGUUUUUUUAGUGUUCUUGUGGACAAGGUAAUGAAAACAAUAAUGGUGGGUGGGGUUUUAGUUUGUUGAGAGAGAGUGCAAUAAUUUUUUGUAAGUACUUCUACUACUCUGUGAGAUCUGCAGGAAAGAGAUUAAAAUAAAAUUGGGGCCAUGGGUGAGUUGUUGUGUUUUGGAGUAAUGUGUGUCAAGAGUUAAGAGAGAGCAUCUUCAUCAUCUACAUGACCCAUUUGUGCUUUGUCUUAUUAACAUUUGGUGAUUGAAACUGCAUCUUUUAAGUCUUAUCUAAUUGUCUUUUUGCUUGUAUUAUUAUUUCAUAUGAUUUAUUGUUAAUAUCUCUAUCUAUUUGGGAUUUUUCUUCAUACUUAAUAACCAUAUUACAUCAUC